GGAAGUCUUCUGUUUAUGUCAUAUGAUAAGUUUUUGUGAUUUCAAUAGGCACUAAUCUAAAUCCUUCAGAGAAAAUAGAUCAUUUAUUUUAAAAACUUACUGAAAAUUAAAAAUGGCAUGCCUAGGACCUAAAUGUUCUAUCUACUAUAUGAUUAUAAGUAUAUGGGGAAUAAUAAUGCUUGCUCUGAUGGGAAUCUUCUUCCAGAUCCGGAGUGUUGCCCUGUUUGAAGAUCUGAAGGUGGAUGAACAUGAGUGGGCAGCCCAAAACUACUCUAGAGAGUUCAUCCAGGUGGUUUACCAGGACAACGCCAUCAAUUGUUGGAUCGCUGCUGGCAUUUAUGUCCUGCUCUUCAUAUUCGCUUUCAUCCAACAAAGGCUGAAUGCCAGGCAGAGUUAUGAGACCUCCUAAUGUAGCAGACAUUGAAGAAAGUUCAGUUUUCAGUAACUCGGGUACUAAUAUUUUACUCCCAAGAGAUCCAAGUAAUCAAGAAUUUGUAUAAAUACAUUGUACAUUUGAUGGAUACGUGUCUGUGAUGGAGUAUUUUUUGUAUUAGCCAUUAAAUUCUCUGAGUGGCUGGCAGAUUGUGUGUGUGUGUAAAGAGGGUGGGGGGGGGGGGGGAGGAGACUAUGUGAUCAGACAAAUACAUUUUUUUUCCCUCCUUAAAACAGGAGCACUUUAUCAUUUGUCUUGUUGUAUCAUUGGACAGUGUAACUUUGUGUAACUUUGUGUAACUUUGUCUUGUAGAGAAGCUCUGUUUAUUUAUAAAAUUGUAAUGUAAAAUUGAAUAAAGCUUGUGUGUAUCAUUUAAA